CCCGCCUCCUCGACAAACCCUCAGCUUGCCGUGCAGUGCAGAAAUGCCCUGAUACGGACAUCGAAGACUCGGUGGCGUGGGGAUCGUAUUUUGCUUCUUACAACAUUUUCGUGGCAUUCGACAUUGGUUUCGACUUGGUCUUUUGGCUUUGACAAACCGAGACCCUUGCUACAAAACCUCGAGAUCAAGCCAACUUUUCUAACUGGUGUUCAAUCGUGUGCACCACUCACCAACCAUCUAACCUCUUACCUCUGAUCACGUCGGUAGCCAUGAUACAAUGAAGGGGGGCGGGCUGCUUAUUCCACCAUGGUUCGAAUACCAUGAGCCAAGUUGCUCUGACUGGGCCAUUGUCAGCAUCGCCUUUGGCAUGACUCUGUGUCUGGCAAUUUUUGGUCUCAUUCGUGUGGGCAUUCAAACUUAUCAUCAAUGGAAACGCGCGCAAAGAAUUACAACGUAUAUGGUUUUAAUAUGGCUUGAAUUGGUCUCCAGCGCCAUUAUUGGAGGUCUUGGCUGGGGUUAUGUUCGAGGAACUAUUCGUCCAGGGUUCUUAAUAUACUUCUUCAUCUUGCUCCUUUGGGUAUUUCAAAUCCAUUGCAUUAUGCAAAUCAUUGUCAACCGAAUAGCCCUCCUCCAUGUUUCGCCGACCAUCGUUCGACGACUAAAAUGGGGAAUCUUUAUUAUCCUGGCACUUAUUAACAUUUCAGUCUUUUGUAUUUGGAUACCGGCUCGACUGCAGAUUAGCCAGACCUAUAUCGACAUCAAUAACAUUUGGGACCGAAUCGAGAAAGGACUUUUUGCGGUUAUUGACCUGGCUCUGAACUUCUACUUUGUCUAUCUUGUCCGCUCGUCCCUCAUAUCAUACGGUCUAACCAAGUAUGUGGUGUUGUAUCGCUUCAACCUGGUGAUGGUAGUCGUCUCCAUCUCGAUGGAUAUUCUGAUCAUUGGGUCAAUGUCACUACGGAAUACCUUUCUAUACGUCGAGUUUCACCCGCUUGCAUAUCUCGUCAAACUUCAUAUCGAAUUGUCCAUGGCCGAGCUCAUUGCCAAGAUUGUCAAGGCCUCCGGGCCCAACCUCGCUCCUUGUCGCUGCACUUGCCAUGACAAUCCCAACCACACAUUCCUCCAUCAGCUACAAUCUCGGUACAGUGCACCUGCAGCUCCCAGUGUGACUGCACCAACUACUGGAAGAUUCCGUCGUUCUUGGCCAAUGUCAAAGACCACACGCAGCAGAGAGAAGCGCCGCGGAGGAUCCCGAUCACAAACUCCAUCCUUGACCAAGAAGAUGGUUUCAAAGAAGCAACAAAGUACCGAAGAAAAUCAGCCAAAACAGGAAGUCUGGAAAUCUGACACCAAUACCGGCACAGACUGCGCCUCGCACCACAUGCCAAGUUCUACGGGACAAUCGAAUGAAAGCUCACACGAUCAUAAUGACUGAAGCCACGACGGAAAAUCGCGUAAGCCAGUAUCUUACCUAUGCUUCUGGACAUUCUGCCCUGUAAGGCCAAAUCUGGUGGUCAUGG